AUGGCUGCUAAUUCACAUAGAGAGGCGAUUUACUCCGUCCUCCAAUACCUUGACCGCCAUAACCUUGGAGAAGCAGCUCGCACCCUGGAGCGGGAGUCUGGAUUGUUCUUCUGCCUGCCUUAUUUUGAAGAAUGCUUCAUUCAUGGAGCAUUUGAUGAGGCAGAGGAAUACUUCAACGGCUUCACCACAGUGCAUGACAACUUGUACUCGACCAACGUCGUUUUUGUGCUUCGUUGGCACAAGUUUUUGGAAGCAGUAGACGAGAACAACCGUGAUGAGGCUCACACCAUCCUCCAUGAAGAACUCAGCACUUUCCUCCUCUACAAUCCAAACCUGAUUGAGCGGGGGACCGAGAUCAUGAACCUGGAGAACUUCAGGACCUACGAAGGGCUUCAGGAAUAUGGAGAACCCGUCAUGGCAAGAACCUCGGAAAUGAUGGAUGUAAGGACAUGUUUAGAGGCCAAUCCAAUGCUGAGUGGAAAAAUUCGAUAUCGAAUUCCCAACGCCAGUGGUGGCCGCGGCCCUGCCGAUCUAGUACUCGCUCCUCCGCCACUUCCAGCAGCUUCUCCAGCAGGGCAAGAGCCUCUGCCCCUUAUAGUGUUACUUUGUGGACCGGGCCAUUUCAUGCUUGUUCCACGAGGGUUCAUAUAA